AUCUUUCUUCUUUUAUGAAAGGACCAAAUUGUUCUGUCUCUGGUUCAUUCGACAGUCGAACAAUUACACGAGUUGCUUUGGGCGUAGUCAGUUUUCUAACUUCCUCCGUAAAAUAACGUGUAUAUCAAUGUAAAAACAAGCCUAUAGAUACAUUGGUUUUCCCGACAACGGAGUUUUCCAUUGCCCUCAUCGAAACUAUUCCCUAGUUUUCAUCGAUGUGCAACUGAAGUGCAACCUACAAAGAUCGAGAAACGAUGACGGCUCAGCAAAAAAUCAAAGUAAUCUGUAUUACUUGCAUCAUUUUGGCUCUUGUGCAAUUAGUCUUGUUGAUAUCAAGAGGCCAUACGUACAGCCACAAUCUUCAAGUCUAUCUUGGUUUGGGGAUCGGAAUGUCGAUAUGUGGAUCUUUAUUAACAUUCAACAUGUGUAUCCAGUACUGCAGUCCCUUCAUCUCUAUCCAAAUACUCAUUCUCAAGUAUGCUUUUUAUUGGAUGCUGUGGCUGAUGAAGCGAAAACACUUCAAGUCUUUCCAAAAGAGCAAUGAGGACUGUACAAAGGCCCAGAGAGAGUUCCUCUUGAGGACAAUCCGGACGCACAAGGACACCGAGUAUGGCAAGGAUUUCAACCUGAAGGACAUCAAUACCGUAGAGGAUUUCAUCAAGAAACAUCCCUUGACAACCUACAACCAUUAUCGAAGUUACAUCAAACGGGUAGCCAAGGGGGAGCAAGGAAUCAUGUUCCAUCAGAAACCCAGUGUCCUUGGCAAGACUUCGGGCACUACAGGUCUGGCCAAAGUGUUUCCGGUUACCGAGGAAUACAUGAAAGCCAUCACUAGGAAGGGGAAUGCGAUCACGUCAACCCUUCGGAAUCGCGCUGGCAUCCCGGAUCUAGGACCCUUACAAAUGACAUGUUCGCUGUUAGCCCAUGGUGCGAUCGGUUUCUCAGAAGGGGGCACCCCUGUCGGGUCGGUGACCCGAUUCAUGAUGUCGGAUGCCAUUCGGGAGAUACUAUUCUGCACACCAUCGCUUGGCUCCAGCAUCGUACACGAGCCAACUUCUAUGUACAUUCACGCCCUUUUCGCGCUUCGAGAUGAACAACUUGGAAGCAUCUGGGCACCGUUCGCCUCCUCGCUCUUCAUCUUCUUCCGUUUCCUGGAGGUCUCCUGGAAUAUGUUGGUCCAAGAUAUCCGCAAUGGUUCCAUAUCUGACAAGCUGAAGGCCCUAUCUUCCAGGGACCGGGAAGAACUCAAUAGAUUCCUCUACCCAAUGCCCAUGAGAGCCUAUGAGAUAGAGAGACAGUUCCGCAAGGGGUUUGAUAACAUUGUUAGAAGGUUGUGGCCAAGAAUGCCUGUGCUCUAUGGUGUUACGUCUGGUUCUAUGCAACCAUUUGUUUCACGGCUCAAAAAGUAUUGCGGAGAUCUAAAAAUACUGUCGGGUUUCUAUAUUUCAACUGAGGGGCUUAUUGGAUACGCUUGUGAGUUCCCGGAUGACGGACAAACGAAAUACGUGUGCGCAGCAAGCGGUAUAUUCUGUGAAUUUAUACCGGCUGCUUAUUGCGAUGAUGAAAAUCCGGGUACUCUACUAAUGGAUGAGGUUCGAGUCGGAGAAUGCUAUGAGCUUGUCAUUACUAACACAGACGGUCUCUAUAGAUACAGAAUGGGUGAUGUCGUUCUUAUCACUGGAUUCUACGACACCACACCCAUCUUCCAAUUCCAAUACAGGAACGGAGAACUGUUGAGUCUUUGUGCGGAGAAAACAUCUGAAAUAGCAGUGACCAAGGCUUUGAAUGAAACAGCCGAGAAAUGGGACAACGUCGGCAUCGCCCACUACGUGUGUGCGGAGAGCCCCCUGUAUGAUGAAGCAAGAGGUGCCAAUGAUGACUUGUCAACGGACAUUCUUUAUUACGUCAUCUUUGUUGAGCUUUCACCUGCCAAAGAUACAAUGCUGGCAUCAGACAUCAAUGAACACAUGAAGUUUGAGGCCGAAUUUGACGCCAAUCUGAGAACCUUCUCGGAGUCUUACGACAGGUGCAGGGAGAAAAGCAAGCUGGGCCCUCCUCGGGUCAUCUUCCUUGAUCAAUACGCCUUCUCCAACUUCAGGGGGCUUCUACUGGAGACCUCUUCGGCAUCGGCUGCGCAGCUCAAGAUACCCAAGAAGCUCCGGAAGUUGAAGUGGGUCCAGCUCUUCUUAGCACAUAAGAUCAAGAUCGCCGCCGCGGAUGAUAAUCAUAACGAUGGGGGGACGGAUAGACCCAAAUCCAACGAAGACCUUGUAUAAAUGAAUCCUUAUCAUAGUGAGCGAAUGUAAUAUAACAAGGGUGUUAUCUAUCUAGCCAGGGAAUACUCUACCUUAUGAAUUAGUAGUUUGGUAAACCCCGCUAUUCGUCUAAGAAUGUAAAAAAAGAAACGCAAAUUAAACAAAGAGAUCAAAGUUAUGGUCGCUUAUGUCUUUGAUGAAGCUAAGGUUAGGCUAAAAAGAAAUAACGCAUGCAUGCUAUUCUUUUUGAUAUCAGCAGUUUUUGUAAUAUUUAUGAAAUAUUUUGUAAUAUGUACAGGGUAUUGGGAAGUUUUUACUGUAAAUUUAUAUUGUCAAUCUUUGAAGUGAUCCUGUAUGUCAUGAAUUCUCUAAAGUUAUUGCAUCACACUAAUGAAACUUUGUAUUCAUUAUUUGACUUCCAUACGAGCUGAUUUGACUACCCUUUCUCAUAAUGUCACCUUGAUAUAAACAAAAUGUUAUAAGAUGAGCCACCACCCCCAGACAAAUAACGAAAGAGUCAGACAUUGAGAUGGUGUCAUGUAUUGAUGACCCAUUACAUAACCCUUCACCCCACCACAUUGUUUUAAACAAAAAAGUACAUUUUC